AUGCUUUUGCUCAGCAAGUCCCAGAAAUCUUGGAUUGAAGGAGUGUUCAACAAGAGAGAAUGUAACAAAAUCAUACCCAGCUCUAAAGACCCUCACAGAUGCACUGCAGGAUGUCAGGUCUGUCAGAAUUUAAUCAGGUGUUACUGUGGACUAUUGAUUAGAGACCAUCAUGGGAUAGAUUAUACUCGGACAGUCUCAGCUGCCAGCAGUAGUGAAGAUGAACAAUGGUCUGUUGAAAAGCACACAACGAAAAGCCCUACGGAUACCUUUGGCACGAUUAACUUCCAACAUGGAGAGCACAUCCACCACUCCAAGUAUAUUAGAACUUCUUAUGACACAAAGUUGGAUCACCUGUUACAUUUAAUGUUGAAAGAGUGGAAGAUGGAACUGCCAAAGCUGGUAAUCUCCGUCCAUGGUGGUAUCCAGAACUUCAAGAUGCCCUCAAAACUUAAAGAGAUCUUCAGCCAAGGUUUGGUCAAAGCUGCAGAGACAACAGGAGCAUGGAUAAUAACUGAAGGCAUUAAUACAGGUGUGUCCAAACAUGUUGGGGAUGCCCUGAAAGCCCACUCGUCGCAGUCCUUGAGAAAAAUCUGGACAGUUGGAAUCCCUCCUUGGGGUGUCAUUGAGAACCGGAAAGAUCUUAUUGGAAGAGAUGUAGUGUGCCUGUACCAGACUCUGGGAAACCCCCUCAGCAAGCUCACAACACUCAACUGCAUGCACUCCCACUUUAUCCUGUCUGAUGAUGGCACUGUGGGCAAGUAUGGCAAUGAGAUGAAGCUCAGGAGGAACUUGGAAAAGUACCUCUCUCUGCAGAAGAUACAUAGUUGCUCUGGACAAGGCGUGCCCGUGGUGGGGCUGGUGGUGGAAGGUGGCCCCAAUGUCAUCCUCUCAGUGUGGGAGACUGUGAAAGACAAAGACCCGGUGGUGGUGUGCGAAGGCACAGGCAGGGCAGCUGACCUCCUGGCCUUCACCCACAAACACUUAGCAGACGAAGGGACCCUGCGUCCUCAGGUGAAGGAGGAGAUCAUUUGCAUGAUGCAGAGCACCUUCAACUUUAGCCUUAAGCAGUCCAGGCACCUUUUCCAGAUCCUGAUGGAGUGCAUGGUGCACAGGGAUUCUAUUACCAUCUUUGAUGCUGAUUCUGAGGAGUCACAGGACCUUGAUUUAGCAAUCCUAACAGCUCUGCUAAAGGGCACGAAUUUAUCAGCAUCAGAACAAUUGAAUCUGGCAAUGGCUUGGGACAGAAUGGACAUUGCCAAGAAACAUAUCCUAAUUUAUGGACAACACUGGAAGCCUGGCUCUCUAGAACAAGCGAUGUUAGAUGCCUUGAUGAUGGAUCGAGUUGAUUUUGUGAAGCUCUUAAUAGAGUAUGGAGUGAACCUCCAUCGCUUUCUUACUAUCUCCCGACUGGAAGAGCUCUAUAAUACAAAACAAGGACCAACCAAUAUGCUCUUGCAUCAUCUUGUCCAAGAUGUAAAACAGCAUACCCUUCUCUCAGGCUACAGGAUAACGCUGAUUGACAUCGGACUGGUAAUAGAAUACCUUAUUGGUGGAGCAUAUCGCAGCAGCUACACUAGAAAAACUUUCAGAGCCCUCUACAACAACCUCUACAGAAAACAUAAGCCUGCUCUUCACCGAAGACGCUGCUCAGGAAAUAGAAAGGAAUCUACAGAGAGCACCCUGCAUUCCCAGUUCAUUAGAACUGCCCAACCUUACAAAGUCAAGGAAAAGUCUGUAGCCCUUCAUAAAUCAAGGAAGAAGUCAAAAGAAGAACAAAAUAUAUCAGAUGACCCUGAUUCUACUGGCUUUAUUUAUCCUUAUAAUGACCUGCUAGUGUGGGCUGUACUAAUGAAAAGGCAGAAGAUGGCCAUGUUCUUUUGGCAGCAUGGUGAGGAGGCCACAGUCAAGGCAGUGAUUGCUUGUAUCCUCUACCGAGCAAUGGCCCGGGAAGCCAAAGAGAGCAACAUGGUCGAUGAUGCUUCUGAAGAACUGAAAAAUUACUCAAAGCAGUUUGGCCAGCUUGCCCUGGAUGUGCUGGAGAAGGCAUUCAAACAGAAUGAAAGAAUGGCCAUGAAGCUGUUGACCUAUGAACUCAAGAACUGGAGCAAUUCCACCUGUUUGAAGCUGGCUGUUUCUGGAGGGUUGAGGCCCUUUGUUUCACAUACUUGUACCCAAAUGCUACUAACUGAUAUGUGGAUGGGGCGUCUGAAAAUGAGGAAAAACUCUUGGUUAAAGAUCAUCAUCAGUAUUCUUUUCCCACCUGCCAUUUUGACAUUGGAGUUUAAAAGCAAAGCAGAAAUGUCGCAUGUCCCACAGUCCCAGGACUUUACAUGGUAUAAUGGUGACCAGAACACCAGCACUGUCAAAGAAAAUUCUUGUCAGAAAGACUGUGAUUUGGAAAGGGGACCUGAUGAGAAAACCGAUGAAAGUCAGCACUUUGAUUUAAAGAGUGGGCCCCAAACCCUUCCUUGGACCAGGAAAGUCUAUGAGUUCUACAGUGCUCCAAUUGUGAAGUUUUGGUUUUAUACGAUGGUGUACUUGGCAUUCCUUAUGCUGUUCACUUACACCGUGUUGGUGGAGAUGCAGCCCCAGCCCAGCGCGCAAGAGUGGCUUGUUAUUAUCUACAUCUUCACCAAUGCCAUUGAGAAAGUCAGGGAGGUCUGUAUUUCAGAACCUGGGAAGUUUACUCAAAAGGUGAAGGUAUGGAUUAGCGAGUACUGGAACUUAAUGGAAACGGUGGCUAUUAGCCUGUUUUUGGUGGGAUUUGGCUUUCGGUGGGGUGACCCACCUUUCUACACAGCGGGAAGACUGAUAUACUGCAUCAACAUCAUAUUCUGGUUCUCACGGCUCCUGGACUUCUUUGCUGUGAAUCAACAUGCAGGUCCCUAUGUGACCAUGAUUGCAAAAAUGACAGCAAACAUGUUCUACAUUGUGAUCAUCAUGGCCAUCGUCCUCCUGAGCUUUGGAGUGGCACGGAAAGCCAUCCUUUCACCAAAGGAGCCCCCAUCCUGGACCCUUGCCCGAGAUAUCGUAUUUGAGCCAUACUGGAUGAUAUAUGGAGAAGUCUAUGCUUCAGAUAUAGAUGUUUGUUCAAGCCAGCCGUCCUGCCCUCCUGGUUCUUUUCUUACUCCAUUCCUGCAAGCUGUCUACCUCUUCGUGCAAUAUAUCAUCAUGGUGAACCUGUUGAUAGCUUUCUUUAAUAACGUUUACAUAGAUCUGAAAUCCAUUUCAAAUAACCUGUGGAAAUACAAUCGCUAUCGUUACAUCAUGACCUACCAUGAAAAGCCUUGGCUGCCCCCACCUUUUAUCCUGCUGAGUCACAUUGGUCUCCUGCUUCGCCGUCUUUGCCAGCACCAAGCUCCAAAUGACCAAGAAGAGGGUGAUGUUGGAUUAAAACUCUACCUAAGUAAGGAGGAUCUGAAAAAACUUCACGAUUUUGAAGAACAGUGUGUGGAAAAGUACUUCCACGAGAAGAUGGACAAUCUGAAUUGUAGUUGUGAGGAACAAAUUCGAGUGACAUCAGAAAGGGUUACCGAGAUGUAUUUCCAGCUGAAAGAAAUGAAUGAAAAGGUGUCUUUCAUAAAGGACUCCUUAUUGUCGUUGGACAGCCAGGUGGGACACCUGCAGGAUCUCUCUGCCCUGACAGUGGAUACCUUAAAAGUCCUUUCCGCUGUUGACACCUUACAAGAAGAUGAGGCUCUCCUGGCCAACAGAAAGCAUUCUACUUGCAGAAAACUUCCCCACAGCUGGAGCAAUGUCAUCUGUGCAGAGGUUCUGGGCAGCAUGCCACUCUCUGAGAAGAAGUAUCAGUGUUAUAGCAUGCCCCCUUCUUUGCUGCGGAGCCUGGCCAGAGGCUGGUAUCCUCCACGAGGGCAGAAAGGGCCCUUUCUUGAGAUUACACAUCAAGAGGCUUCAAAUGUAAGAGAUGAGCAAGGAGAACAAGAAACAGAAAAUCAUGUAGUUGCUUCUGGGGUGAUGCUGAACAGACAAGCACACCCAAAAUAUGGCCAAUAUCUCCUGGUCCCUUCUUAUUUAGAACAAGUUUCUUAUCCUGCAAAAACUGACUUGCCUCUGUCCAGACCAUCUGUGGAAGCAGGUACAGAUGGGCUGACAACUGAACAUGUCAGCCAGACUGAGGUCCCUGUUCAUCUGAUGUGGCAGACCCCGGGUGUCUCAGCCCAGGGCCCCAUGGUGGAAACCAAGGAGCAGUGUGAGUCACUUGCUCAGAUACCAGCCAGACCAGACGAGGGGGAACAAGUGCUCCCCACUUUGAUUUGCACACCUGGACCCACGAGAGUGACCUCCCUCCCUUCCCAAGUCAUGAGCAUGCAACCUGGAGGUGGAUAUGUGAACUGGGCAUUUUCAGAAGGUGAUGAAACUGGUGUGUUUAGCACCAAGAAACACUGUCAGAUCAGCGUGGCCUCCUCUUGUAACCAUGACUCCAGACAGAGUGAACACGGCCAGAGGCAGAUCCGGGGCAGAUCCCUGUCUGAUAACUCCGCAAGACUGGCCCAGAGCAAUUGCUCAGAAGCACUUCCACGGCUCCAGCCAAACACAUCCUUUCGAAUCAGUCCGCUUCGGAAAGACAAGCCCUUCACUGGGAAUCAGAGCUUGAGAUUACACAAGGAGGAGAAGUUGAAGAUCUCUAAGAUUAAAAAUCUAUCAAAAUUCUCAGAAAUAGGACAGUCAAAAUGGAUCAAAACAAAAAUGCUAACCAAGGAUAGGAAACUGUCGAAGAAGAAGAAGAAAACACAAGGACUACAGGUGCCAGUCAUAACAGUCAACACCUGCUCUCAAAGUGACCAAUUGAACCCAGAGCCUGGAGAUAAUAAGAUCUCAGAAGCACAGAAGGGCAGCAAGAACUGGAUUCCAGUGUCCAAAUUUAAUCAGAUAAGUCUAGAAUCUUACAUAUAUCAGAAAAUGAAAACUAAAGAAGCUGAACGACAUCCUAUACAAGUCAGUGAUUAUGGAAGGCAGUCUCAAGAGGAUCUUACCAAAAGCUCUUUGUGGGAUUCCAGGAGCACCACAGUCAAUAGGAAGUCUCAGUUGAGAAGUUCAAAUGGAAUUAACAAAAUCUCAGACUCCUUAAAAAGCCCUCCAGAGCCUCACCAUCAUUAUUCAGCCAUUGAAAGAAACAAUUUAAUGAGGCUUUCUCAGACCAUACCAUUUACACCAAUCCAACUGUUUGCAGGAGAAGAAGUAACAGUCUACAGGCUGGAGGAGAGUUCCCCCUUGAAUCUGGAUAAAAGCAUGUCUUCUUGGUCCCAGCGGGGGAGAUCUGCUAUGAUCCAGGUGUUGUCCCAAGAGGAGAUGGAUGGUGGCCUUCGCAAAGCCAUGAGAGUCAUUAGCACCUGGUCUGAGGAUGACAUCCUCAAGCCAGGGCAGGUUUUCAUUGUGAAGUCCUUUCUUCCUGAGGUUGUGCAGACAUGGCACGAAAUCUUCCAGGAGAGUACUGUGCUUCAUCUUUGCCUUAGGGAAAUUCAACAACAAAGAGCUGCUCAAAAACUGAUCUAUACCUUCAACCAAGUAAAACCACAAACCAUUCCUUACACUCCAAGGUUCCUGGAAGUUUUCUUAAUUUACUGCCAUUCAGCCCAGCAGUGGUUGACCAUUGAGAAGUAUAUGACGGGGGAGUUCCGGAAGUACAAUAACAACAACGGUGAUGAAAUUGCCCCCAACAACACCUUGGAGGAGCUGAUGUUGGCUUUCUCCCACUGGACCUAUGAGUAUACUCGGGGAGAGCUGCUGGUUUUAGAUUUGCAAGGUGUUGGAGAAAAUUUGACAGAUCCAUCUGUAAUAAAACCUGAAGACAAACAAUCAAGAGGAAUGGUGUUUGGACCAGCCAAUUUAGGGGAAGAUGCAAUUAGAAACUUCAUUGCAAAACAUCGUUGCAACUCCUGCUGCCGGAAGCUCAAACUCCCGGACUUAAAAAGAAAUGACUACUCUCCUGGAAGGAUAAAUUCUGCCUUUGGACUUGAAAUCAAAAUAGAACCGGCUGAGGAGAUUCCAGAGGGGGAAGAGGGUAGUAAUUCUCCAGAAGACCUCACACGAUUGUAA